GACAUCGACGCGGAUGCUGCCGCGAUGCCGCAGCGAGAUGGCGAGUCCUCCCUGAGGGGUGCAGGGCACCGCCCACGCCUCCACUGGAGGCCGACCCCCAGCUGCACAGGUGGGGCCAGCCACCAAGGAGGGGGUCCGCAACAGCGAUCUGGUGCAGACGAGACCGAACUGGACGUAGGGCGCAUGGCUCGUCUCUGGCCGCCGACGCCUGAACAAGAAAAGCUGAGAGCUGGUGGAGCCAGCACCCCAACUCCCGAAGCCUCGCGCGGCAGUCACACAGCGAACGAGAGCAUCGCUGCAUGACCACCAAUGCGGAAAAGCCAUCUCGACACAGGCAGUUGCCAAGACGAUCGAACAUUGCUUAGACGGAUAGACAGGACAUCAUGUGGAGAGGAGGAGGGGGAGGGGGAGGAGGAGGAGGAGGAGGAGAAAGAAGAGGAAGAUGAGAAAGAAAGAGGACGAAGAGACAUGGACGGUGGAUGAGGACUGACACGUGCUCCGCACACAGCGUCUCGCUGCGCACCAAGCGGUGUCCCGGCCCAGCGCCGCCGUGCGCGCGGCCCACUGCGUACUGGCAGGCAAACGACGCCGAAAUCAAAAUCCCCGGAGGGCACCGAUCGGGGGGAGGUAGGGGGAGAGGGGGCGGGGAGGGGGAGAUGGGGACAGAUCAUAUGGGUCGACAGCAGGGAUGAGGGAAGGGGAGAUGGGAGGCGUAUGUCUUGGGCCAGGAAGCUCGCGGUUCACAUCAGGGAGAAUAGCUAGUCUCCUCCCUCCCUGUCCCCGAACAUCAUGAGGUGCAUCUGGUCAUGGUGGCAAUCAAACUCCUGGUCAGUGAUACCAUCCUGCUGAGCCGCCCGCCUAAAUGUUGCAACAACCUCUGAUGUGGCGCCCAAACCUAACAUCUUCAACACAUUAAGAAUGGCAGGGGCUUCACUCUUGGGCGCUUGAAUUCUGUUCUGGCGCCAGAGCACGAGAAUUAAGUCGGAAAAAGCAUUGAUAAUGCGUUCAUCGUUGAACACGCUCUUCAAGCUCAACCACCAAAGCAUAUGAAUAGCAGGAAGGCUGGGCUACUUUGGAAUUGCUUUCUCAACGAGUGGAGACACAGAUUCGCAAAACCGCUGGCAGUCCAUAUCAAGCAAGACAACACUAGACAACGCUUGAGUAACGGACCUCCACGUAAAAUGAUGGAUUCGGCAUGCCUCGAUGUACUUGUUCAUGAGACCUUGCAUUAAUCUCUUAUCCUUCACUGCAUCUAGAUCUAACCGCUCUGGCAGUUUGGUGGUGCGAGUGCUCUGUGCCAAGCUUAGCCGUCCACGACGUACUGUCAACAUAGCAUGAUUCCUGCAAUUGAUCUCUCUCAGAACCAAUCUGGCAUCACCGGUGACAUUGUUGGCUUUGACGAUCUGGCCCUCACUUUGAACUUUCCAACUUGGGUAGGGUCUGUUCCAUAUUCUCACUAAGCCUCCCUCAAUGCUCACGAUGUCGAUGGCACUGUGGCUCUUUCUCAACCGCAUUUUGAUGCCAAGCUUGUCAGAAGUAUUUCGCUUCGCUACGUGGACAUACUAUGAGUAUGUCGGAUCAACCUUUCCAUCACAGAUCGUUGAAUACCUCGUUUAGCUCUGUAUAUAACCCGAGAAAUGUGUAUAACUCCAAAUUGAUCACUGGCGGGGAUCUCACGAGCAAUGUCCUUCAGGCUCACAAACAUGUUCACGUUUGCAGGGUCUGGCAUCAUAUAACAGGAGUGCGCGGUGAGAACGUUGACGACAGCAACGUCAAAUUGCUGCUUGCAGUCGUGGAGAAUGUCCGAGAAACGGAGAGCAGAAGUCUUGAAUCUAUCAUCUGUCUGGAGGUUUCGGUUCGCAAGCCUCAGACCAAGCACGAUUUGAGCCAAAUGAUCUGGCUUCUGCUCCUGCAGCAAGUCUGGCAAAACUUCCAGCACAGCAAUGGUCGCAUGCUCAAGUAGAAGGGCCCGCUCCUCUUUGGAUAGAGCGACGGCAAUAACGCCAUGCUGGUCUAGGCGCCCAAGAAAAUAUACAACAUUGCCUGAAUACUGUACCCGUUCUCCCGAAUGUCCAGAUUCUUCCGGCGACUCUUGACAUGACUGCUUGACUUCCAAUCCAGAAGAUCAUUCAGUACCAUUCGCAACAAAUCCUUGCACGCAUCUGUCUGUCCCCCUUCCGAGGGGUCAAGUUUCAGUUUUGCCAAUCGAAGUAUGAUCGUAGCCCGGUGCCACAUGGCGACUUCGCCUGCAGAGAGCUGGAGAAGAUCGUCGUAUACCCUUGCUGAUGUGAUCUGCUUUGUGAGAUCCCCGGGGGACAUGCAGAAGCAGCGCACGUCUCGCGCAAACCUCCGAUGUCUAGUCUGUCGCGACCAGGCCCCCUGACCAUAAGCUCUCUGGGGGCGCUGCAUCGACUCUCUCACAGAGACAAAGCUGCCCCAAAACAGCGCCCCCUGGCUGCACGUAGCAGCAGCAAUACCACAUGGGAGGAUUCCAAAACGCGCCGCUGGCGAUGCACCGCCACGAGCGCGACUUUACGGGCCCCAGAUGAGUGGAGCAAGCCUGGUUGGACGCGUCGACGGCUUGAGCCAAACUGACU